AUGACCGAGGUUGCAAUUCCAGACUUUUUCAUUGCACUCGUGUUGCCACCAGGUAACACUUCUCGCGAGCCAAAUGAAGAGGAGACUAAUGACUUUCGAAAGAAAACGCAAAGUUUUUGGUCGAAAUUGCUGAAACACGCUUAUGGAAACAAGAAGCACAGCUUUGAGAAGCUUCGCCUUACUGUCAACUCAGCCAAAUAUGGACCGGUCCAAGGCAUUGAGAAUCUGGCCGACAAUUUCAACAUGCUGGUCCAACUCAGUGGCAAAGGAGUCUUUGGUUCGACGAGGGCACCAAACGGAAACAAAAUAUUUCAAACGAUGGUAGCUGGUGACAGCAUGGACUACUUGUGCGAAUUCGUCAAGAAACUCUCCAACGACUCCCCCUACAGCACAGCUAUUGAGGUAGUCGCGAGACGGAUGAAUGACGAUGGUAGCAAUGAAGUCUUUGUUGUCAAGGCACCGCCAUUCUUUGUGGCCAUUGGGACUGAUGAACCCUCGUGUGAUGAUGAAGCCAGACCACCAACCGACAAGGAGAUCAAGAAAUUUCAGAGGAAGACAAAGGAACGAAUUGUCGAUUUAUUGGAACGCGAGUACCCAGACACCUUUCUCAACUUGGAACUAGAGCUGAUAAAGGCCGAUAAUGGUGCCAAAGCGCCCAAUGAUCCAUUUCGCUUCUACUACUACGAGGCUGCGACUGCAACUUUUUCCAGUGAUCCACCAAGCAGUGAUGAACUCUUUGCCAUAAUCAUGAAAGCAUGUGCAGGGGAUGAAUGUAUACAAUAUGUGUAUGGGUUAAGAGAAAUCGAUGGAUCUCCCUACGUGGCGGUCACAACGGUUUCUGUUCAAGUUUGUGGCAUGGAAAAUCCUGAAACUCAGGAACUGGAAUCGGUACCGCCGCCACCGCCGAAAGAGAAGAAAAAGCCGGAAGAGGAAGAGGAAGAGGACGAACAAGAGCCUGGUGAAGAAGGAGAGCCACAAGACGGCGAACCAGCUGGUGAGCCAAAGCCCAAACCAAAAAAAGAAGAACAAGCCGACAAAGCACCAACAGAAGAAAUUGUCCAUCGCCAAGUUCCCGUGUUUCUUGCAUUAUCCGUGUAUGCAGAACCACCCGCCGAAUUACCUAAUGACAAGGAGCUGGAACAAUUCAAGGAUCUGGUGCUACGGUACUUUUAUACCAUUCUGAGACGAGACUAUCCAGAAAACCUUCUGGGUAUGCAACUCACCGAAAAGGAAACCAAGUUCAAUGCUGGCAUUCCAGAGCCCCGAUACAACAUGUGUGUUGAGUAUUUAGCUGAUAUUACUUUCAAGAAGAAAGAUGCACCGGAUGAAAAGACCUUGCGAAAAUUGGUGAUCAAAGUGGACAUUGGCUCCCUUCUAACACAUAUUAAGCAAUUGGAACCUGUGUGUUUUGCCAGAACUUCCGAAGUCUCUAUGCGAAAGACGGCGAAGGCAAAGAAAAGAGAGACCAUGACGAUUGAAGAUGGCAAAUUCGAAGCUGCAAUUGAAUUGCUGCCAGCACCACCAGAGCCAGAACCAGAGAUGGAGCCAACGCAUGUGCAAGAAAAAGGGGCCAAGACGGCACCAAUGCAAUCACAACAGGCAGAACCGAAAAAGAGAGCCAAGUCGAAGCCAGAGCCUGAACCAGAUCUAGAACCUGAGCCAGAACCUGAGCCCGAACCUGAACCAGAACCUGAGCCAGAACCUGAGCCUGAACCUGAGCCUGAACCUGAACCUGAACCUAAGAUAGAAAAGCAAGAGGCAGAGCCCAACAGGGAACCAAUGCAAGCGAAAGAGACAGAACCAAAAAAGAAAGCCGAGUUGACGCCGGAACCCGCACCCAAGAAAGAGAAGAAAAAGAAAAAAAGAAAAUCCAAAGAACCGGAGGUGCCCAUGGUGGAGUUGGCCGAACCCAAAGAGUUGGAGGAUGGCCAGAUACGAGUUAGCUGUACAGAGUUGCGCAAGAAUACUGUGAAAUUCUUUACAAAACAGCUGAAGACAAUUUUUGGAGCCAAAUUUGAUUCUAUGGACGCUUCACUUUAUCACAAAGAGUUCGGAUCCGACAAGCCCGACAAGCGGUACAAUGUGUACGUCGAAUGGAAUAUCGAAGCUAUAUUUGUGUCCAAAAAGAACAAUGAAAGGCAAUCUAUCGUGGCAGAUCGAAGCACCAGUAUAGUGAAUGCAGAUAUUCCAACUGGUAUAGAGCUGGCAAGCGCCAUUGUAGAACAUACCAGGGUUAUGAAUUACAUGAUGCAAGCUGUCCAGCCUAUCGAAGAUUCGCCAUUUGCAAUGGUAACCAUGGGGCUGGUGUCCUCAAAAUCAGCCAUGAAAACGAUCAGAAAGUAA